AUGACUGCUGGAAUGGAAUUGUUAACAACGGCGGAACCUCAUUUUAUUCCAGGAUAUUCCGGUUAUUGUCCGCAGUACCGAUUCAGUUGCGGUGAAACGUAUGCAAAAGCCACGCAUAAACUGCUGCUCGAUCCUACGAUUAACCAUGCGAGAACGCUCGUCCUGGCGAAUUGUGCGGCCGAAGAUUACGAGGCAUGGCGACCGUCCGAGAGCGAUAUAAGAGUGGUCAAUACUCGUUUCAAGAGGACCGAUCCCCUUUUCGUUCACCCCAUGUUGCCAGGAUACGAGGGUUUCGUACCGGGAACGAACGAUGGACUCGGACAAAGAUACGCGGUGCGCGCGACCGAAGGUCUCGCCGACUUCGAGCGACAACAAUUGCGGAGUAAGGCGGCUUUGGAUCGCCUGAGGAGGACGAUCGGCGUGCAAUGUGGACAAGCCGAGCCGAGGAAUUUGGAGGAACGUCUGCUAAUUAAGACCCAGUUUAAAUUGCCCUUGCUCACUGUGCGACCUGAAUAUGUGACAGCGACGAACAAUUUACCAUUAGACAAGAAGUGCGAAAUAUCGGAAAACUAUACAUCCUUGUUUAAAGGAUACGCGACUCAUAUUCCCCACGGAUACAAAUAUUCCGAAAUAUCAAUCGUCCCGUCAUCUGAUAACGUAUUAUACAGUUUCGCAAAUUGUCGAAAGGGUACAAAAUAUAGAAUAAUGACUGAUCUUUAUCCUGAUCCGCCGUUACUUGUUCAGUCCACUGAGAUCUACCAUAAAAACGUCGGAAUGAUACCGAACUAUCUUGGAUAUAUUCCCGGAGCAGUGUUCAGAUGCGGUAAAACAUUCGGAGCUGAUUCAAGAGAUGUGAAACUAUGGCUUCGAAAAGACUCCGACCUGUAA